AAGACUGUUCUGCUUUCUAAGUUGGUUUUACCACAGUGAUAGUAUAUUUCUGACUGUUGUGAUACAUAAUCUGUAAUGGUAGUCCUGGAAUUAAGACUUCUCUCAGAAGUUAGAAAAGGGAGAAAUGCUCUCCACUACCCACACUUUUUUCCUUUUAAAUUUGGCCAUAAUUUCCCUAGAAGGAUCCACGCUGGUAACAUUAUUUUCACGCUUUCUGUCUUUUCCAUGGUGUGUUACAUUGUGCUUCAGGCUGUUCUCUGUGCCAUCAGUCAGUUCCAGGUGCUCUGCACUGGGUCACAGGCCUCCAUUACUAGCACUGGAGAGAGAUUUGUUUGUACCAGAAUUGUUCCAGAGUCCUUACUGGCAUGGACUACCAAGAGCAAGUCUUGAACACUUCAUUUCAGUGUUGUCAAGAACUUCUUUCUCGGGUCUGUUUUGUUUGUUCCCUGGAUCUGGCUCCUAGACUGCUCCAGCUCCCAACCUUAUUCCUGACCAUACUGCUACCUCCCAGCAGCCUUACGCAGCUCCACAGAUCCUGUGGGGCACUAGGCACCGGUUCCCCGCUUCUUUCAUCUCACCUCUAUAUCUCUGGAAGAAUUUAAGGUUAUUCAUGGCUAAUAAUGUCCUACAGCAACUAACUGGCCAUCCCUUCUUUCUGAAUAUUGGAAGAAAUUGGGUAGAAUUUCCUAUGUCUUUCCGCCCAGAUUCUGUUGCCAGUCAGAACUCAGGAGGUAGGGUUAGGCUGUUAGCCCAACUGCUGUUCUGGUAAGCAGGAAUUCCUGCUGGCCAUCUGCCCCUCCUCCUUUGUUUUUGCUAAUAUGUUUUGUGAGGGGAAUAUAAUCUCAAAAUAGUCUUGAUAAAUUUUCAUUGCGUGUACAAUUCCCCUGAGGUCCUGUACCGCUCCCUUUAAAAGGAGAUAAACAGGCAGUAUUGUAUAUAUAUGCACAGAAUAUAUGCUUAUCUUCUAAGUGUAUGCAGAGAAGUACAGCAGAACUGACUUCUGCUAUGACUAUGCACGGGCAUAGUGCUAAAAAUAAAUCACAGUCGGAAAACGUCAGAAGAUUUUACUCCUGUCUACUUAGGCGUGAGUGCUCUGAUACUCCGUCUCAUCCCAGAAACACCCUGGUGUGAGACUACCACAUGCCAAAGUGAGAGAGUGUUAAAGCUCUCCAAGCUUCAUAGAUUACAGCUCUGUUUUAUACACUCCAGCUUCACUGAAUACUCAUGAGGGGCUCAGUAAAAAAAACAAACUGACCCUGUUUUAAACGCAGAUGUCUAAACACUCCUGCCAUACGUACUUGAGGCAAAAUGUAAUUGUGAGCUCUUAUUCAAUUAUGGGCCUAUAAAUCUGAUGUUUGUCUCUAUUUUUUAGCUGUUGAAAUCAAGAAAGAUAGCAGGACAUUGAAGUAUAAAGAGGCAAAUGUCAUAUGGCAGGAUUUUUUUGUGAUUGAUCCAUGAGUAAUACUUAGCAGAGUAUAUAAGGCGACAGGCUGAGGAGAGGACUAUGUGACCAGCUUGCAAAAUGGCAGCUGGAAAGGACACAUCACUGCUGUCAUUGAUUCUCACCGUUGGAGUCACAGCGCUGGUAGCUACUGGACAAAAAGCAGAGCAACCAGAAGUGAUGACCAACUAUGGGAGAGUACGAGGGUACCAAUUCAAAGUAGACGCUGCUGGGAGGAAUGUAAAUGUCUUUCUGGGACUUCCUUUUGCUAAGCCUCCAGUUGGACCACUGAGGUUUUCUGAACCCCAGCCACCCGAGCCAUGGAAAGGUGUCAGAGAUGCCACUUCCUACCCACCAAUGUGUCUACAGGAUAAAGAACUAGGACAGUAUUUUUCGGAUGUUGUUACUAAUAGAAAAGAGAAUGUUCUUCUCCAAAUGUCUGAAGAUUGCUUAUACCUAAAUGUGUACACACCCGUUUCUACAGGAAAUCAGGAGAAGCUGCCUGUCUUUGUAUGGAUACAUGGAGGUGGAUUCAUUUUUGGAGCAGCUUCAUCAUAUGAUGGUUCAGCAUUAGCAGCCUUUGACAAUGUGGUGGUUGUAGUAAUUCAGUACAGAUUAGGUAUUGUUGGAUAUUUUAGCACUGGUGAUAAGCAUGCUCGAGGUAACUGGGGGUAUUUAGAUCAAGUAAGAGCUCUUCAGUGGGUUCAGGAAAAUAUCAUAUAUUUUGGAGGAGAUCCGGGAUCUGUCACUAUCGCUGGAGAAUCUGCAGGAGGAAUCAGCAUUUCUGCUCUUGUCUUAUCUCCCCUGGGAAAGGGCUUGUUCCAUAAGGCCAUUUCAGAGAGUGGUACUGCAAUCAGGGCUUUGUUCACUGACCAUCCUGAGAACGAAGCACAAAGAAUUGCUUUUGCUUCUGGCUGUGGAAAAUCCAGUUCAGCUGAAGUAGUUGAAUGCUUAAGAGAAAAAACAGAAGAAGAGAUAGUACAGAUAACACUAAAAUUGGAUUUGGCAACCCUGCCGAUAUGCUAUACCUCGCUUGAAAAAUGCGAACAGCGUUCCCUGUUCAUCAGCACAACUAUAGAUGGUGUAUUUUUUCCAAAGAGUCCCAAGCAGUUACUAUCUGAAAAAAUGAUCACUGCAGUCCCAUAUAUAAUAGGAGUAAAUAACUGUGAAUUUGGAUGGGCAGUUCCUACAAUAAUGAAAUUACCUCCUUACACAGAUGGUCUGGACACAGAUGUUGCAUAUCAAGUUUUACAGAGCUUCUUAUCAUCCUCAUUUCAGGGUGUUACUUCUGAAUUUGUUGAUCAAGUAUACAAUGAAUACAUAGGGAAUACAGGAAACCGUACUCAAGUGCGAGAUGGCCUUUUUGAUGCAAUGGGAGACUCCUUGCUUGUGAUUUCAGCCGUUGAGGUGGCUAGAUACCAUAGAGAUGCUGGCAACCCAGUCUACUUUUAUGAAUUUCAACAUCGACAAAGUUCAGCGGCAGGUGUUGUACCAGACUUUGUAAAAGCAGAUCAUGCAGAUGAGAUUGCCUUUGUCUUUGGAAAGCCGUUCUUAGCCGGGUAUACUACAGAAGAAGAAAAUAAACUUAGCAGAACUGUUAUGAAAUAUUGGACUAACUUUGCUAGAAAUGGAAAUCCCAACGGAGAAGGCUUGGUCCAUUGGCCUCAGUAUGAUCUGGAUGAAGGAUACCUGGAAAUAGACCUAGUGCAAAAGGCAUCAAAGAAAUUGAAAGAACGCAAAAUGGAGUUUUGGGCACAGCUCACAAAACAAAUUAUGAAUGAAAGGAGAGAACACACAGAUUUGUAGGCGUUGUGGAGGGUAUGCUUUGCUUUUAAAACCCAAAGUGAAGUCAAACAAAAUUCAUUUGUCAGGAUGCAGAGUUUAAUAAUCAGCUUCUGACUCGGUAUUAUGUCAUCUAUUGUCAUGAUCACUGUCCUGGUUUCAGCUGGGAUAGAGUUAAUUUUCUUCUUGGUAGCUGGUGCAGUGCGGUGUUUUGGAUUUCCUGUGAGAACAAUAUUGACAGCACACUGAUGUUUUUAGGUGUUGCUGGGUGAUGUUUAUACUAAAUCAAGGACUUGUUGGUUUCUUGGGCCCUGCCAGCAAGAGGGCUGGAGGGGCACGGGACAUUGCGAGGGGACACAGCCAGGGCAGGUGACCCAAACUAGCCAAAGAGGUAUGCCAUGCCAUAUGAUGUCAUGCUGAGUAUAUAAACUGGGGGAAGAAGAAGGAAGGAGGGGAAAUUUGGCAUUAUGGCAUUUGUCUUCCCCAGGCACUGUUACAUGUGAUGGAGCCCUGCUUUCCUGGGGAUGGCUGAGCACCUGCCCGCCCAUGGGAAGCAGUGCACGGAUCCCUAGUUUUGCUUUGCUUGCGUGCGCGGCUUUUGCUUUACCUAUUAAAUUGUUCUUAUCUCAA